AUGCACAGGUUGAAUGCUGUCGUGCUCGUCAAGCGAGGGUCCAUCGGCCCAGAGUAUCUCGGUAGGCUCGAGGCCUUAUCAGACCGACUGGCAAAGCUCGAGAAAACAAGUGAUGACACCUCAGCUUUCUCAUCGCCUUCGCCGGCCGUAGGACACAAUGAGACAAAUCAAAUCACACCAUUAUCUCCGCAAAGGAAGCCGGCUGCUUCCACCAAAUCAGCGUCGAAGAGAAAGCACCAGUCAGAUCACGCUAUCAAUGAAGCAGUUUCCCCUGAGGGACAGGGGAUGCGACGCAGAAUAUCGCAGGGCAAUGCACCAAAUAUCCACUCCGAACGACACUUACCUGGAUCAGCGCGACAUGCCAGUGAGGCGAGGGAAUACAUUGAACAUGAGCUCCAAUGCAACCCAGCUCUUUCAAAGGACAGGCGAGCAACACUGGAAAUGGCACAGAAAUUUGUCAGUCAACUUUCGAAUCCUGGAAUUCACCGUUAUGAGACCGGUGCUGCCGAGGAACUUGAAAUUGGAGAUACUACACCUCCUACCCUUACGCCGGAGUUGCUUUAUAUGAUGCUACCAGGGUCCGACAAAAUGACUAACUCCCAAGGAACCAUUGCAUGGCCUGAUCAUAUUUCGGAUAGAACCCUGGAGCGCAUGGGUCUGGCCAUUAUCGAGCGAACUGAGAGUGAGCAGCUACUUCAGCUUUACCGGAUCGGUGUGUGGGUGAAAGCCAUUUCCUGCAUCUCAAAGUUAGCGCCUUUGAUAUCAAGCCAGCCUUUGAAGUUGCAUUUCAGGACUCUGAAAAAGCAGUAUGAAGCUGCCGCUGUUGAAGAGUUGAACUCGGUCCCUUUAACGGCCGCUCCAAGUCUGACUUUAUUACAAGCCUUGUUAUCUGGCAAACGACUGAUGCAAUACCUGGGAAACAUGUCCCGCUGUUGGAUGCUAACAGCAUUUGCUUCCAGAGUUAUAGUUGCCUUGAACUACCAUAAUAUCACCAGUCCUGUACCUCAAAGCGAAGUGGAAGAAGAUAUUCAUGCCUGUAUUUACACAUGCUACUACUUUGACAAGACGCUUAGCCUGCUUCUUCUCCGGCCGCCGUCAUUGCCAGAACUAAAGGUCGAGCCUUCGCAACUGAUCCAUUUGGACCCGGAGGUGCCCACAACAGCAAUGAUUGGGGGAAUUGUCGAGCUAGCUAAUAUCAAAAGCACUCUCUUGCAUGUUCUCCUCGACACCAAAGAAAUGAGUGACAUGGAAAAGGCGAGCCGUUUGUCUGAUCUUGUGGUCCGGGCACAAACAAUUCAUUCUAACCUCAAAAUUCAUCAAAUCCGACAGCAGGUGAAAUUCCAGGCAUCGUGGCCAAUUCUACGGCGCGAGUGGCUUUCUAUGGAUUUCAACUAUUACUCUGUCUUGACCACGAUCAUCAGGGCACGCUCCUCAGUCCUCAAAUCUCGCUUAGUGUGUGAAGACUGCCUUUAUGCGGCUCGGGAGGGACUUAUCACUCUUCGAGCCUUACAAGAGGCGUUCUCCACUGACGAGAUAUCAGUCAAUUCUUAUCCAUACUUCCUUACCUGGACCAUGUUGCUAUUCCCGCUUUCACCAUUCUUCGUGCUCUUCUGCAACGUUGUUGCGACAUCUGACCAUCGCGAUUUCGAGAUGAUCAAAGAGAUCACUGGAAACCUGCGCCAGUUUGCCAAAGCAAAUGCCUCUAUUGGCAAGCUUUAUGGCCUCUUUUCUAAAUUUUUGGAUCUUUGCACACCGCUCAUCAGGGAAAAGAAUGCAUGGUCUUCCUCUCAGGGUAUGGUGUCAGAGUUUCCGGGUACAUCGAGUGGGAGAGUACCUGCUCUCGGAGGUCCCUACGCAGAGGUGUUCAGUCGAACUACAGAUUGUAAUCUCAAUACACUGCCGUGUCCGAGUCCCGGCAGUGCAGUCUCUGUUGUACCACAAUCAAUACCCUCUGUGGAAGGUUGGAAUGACAAUCUCAUGUGGGAGCUCUUUGAUAAUCAGCCAUCCCUUGGGUGGGCAGAGUCGGAAUUGUGGGAUGCGAUGACACAGCUCAAUACUGUUUAA